CCGGCUGUCAGCUCAGGGCGGCUGCAGCGAGGAGGCGCCCGAGCCGGACGCAGUCCCCGGCUGGAGCGGCCGCCAGUCCCGCCGCAGGGUGCGGAGACUAGAUCCAAUCCAUCUGUGGAGCUUAUAAACAUCUUUUAGUAGUGGAGUCAUUUUCUGUACAAUGAAGUCAACAACUUUAUUUAAGCAAGUGUUUGCAUGGUUCUGACUCAUCUGCAAUGGUUCACGAAGCUUGAGAUCUGAUAAUACGGGGAUUUCAGUGAUGACAAUAUGACUAAUAGCAAAGGAAAAUCUAUUACUAAUAAAACAAGUGAUGGUCCAAGUAGCGGAGGAAGUUUGGUAGAUUGGACUUUAAACUUAAAUACAAUUCAGUCUGAUAAGUUCUUAAACUUAGUGUUGAGUAUGGUCCCAGUAAUUUACCAGAAAAACCAGGAAGAUAGGCACAAAAGAACAAAUGGCAUUUGGCAAGAUGGAUUAUCAAAUGCAGCACCAACUUUGAGUAACAGAUCUGAGCAGCACAUGGAGUAUCACAGUUUCUCUGAGCAGUCUUACCAUGGCAAUAAUGGGCAUACACCUUCAAGCUGUAACCAGAAGUAUGACGACUAUGCCAACUACAAUUACUGUGAUGGAAGGGAGGCUUCUGAAAGUACUGCCAUGUUACAGGAGGAAGAUCUGUCUAGUGAGGGUGGUGAAGAUGUCAUUGUGGAAACAACUCCCAAAUUGCCAAAGGAAUCCAGUGGCAUCAUGGCAUUGCAGAUUCUUGUGCCAUUUUUGCUAGCUGGUUUUGGCACAGUUUCGGCUGGCAUGGUUUUGGAUAUAGUUCAGCAUUGGGAAGUAUUCAAAAAUGUAACCGAAGUUUUCAUUUUAGUUCCUGCUCUUCUUGGCCUCAAAGGGAACUUGGAAAUGACAUUGGCAUCCAGAUUAUCCACGGCAGUAAACAUUGGGAAAAUGGACUCACCAAUUGAAAAGUGGAACCUAAUAAUUGGCAAUUUGGCAUUAAAGCAGGUUCAGGCAACAGUGGUUGGGUUCCUAGCAGCAGUGGCAGCGAUUGUGUUGGGCUGGAUUCCAGAGGGGAAAUACUACCUCAGUCACUCCAUCCUUCUGUGCUCCAGCAGCGUGGCGACCGCCUUCAUUGCAUCCCUUCUGCAGGGGAUAAUAAUGGUUGGAGUUAUCGUUGGCUCAAAGAAGACUGGUAUCAAUCCGGAUAAUGUUGCUACACCCAUUGCUGCUAGUUUUGGAGACCUUAUAACUCUUGCCAUCUUAGCUUGGAUAAGUCAGGGUUUGUACUCAUGUCUUGAGACCUAUUACUAUGUUUCUCCACUAGUCGGUGUCCUUUUCUUGGCUCUAACUCCUAUCUGGAUUAUAAUAGCUGCCAAGCAUCCAGCCACAAGGACAGUCCUCCAUUCAGGCUGGGAGCCUGUCAUAACAGCCAUGGUUAUAAGUAGCAUUGGGGGCCUUAUUCUGGACACAACAGUAUCUGACCCGAACUUGGUUGGGAUUGUUGUUUACACACCAGUUAUUAACGGUAUUGGUGGUAAUUUGGUGGCCAUACAGGCCAGCAGGAUUUCUACCUACCUCCACUUACAUAGCAUCCCAGGAGAAUUGCCUGAGGAACCCAAAGGUUGUUACUACCCAUUUAGGACUUUUUUUGGCCCAGGUGUAAAUAAUAAGUCUGCCCAAGUUCUGUUGGGUUUGGUGAUUCCUGGCCACUUGAUCUUCCUCUACACGAUCCAUUUGAUGAAAAGUGGCCAUACUUCUCUGACAGCAAUUUUUGUGGCUGUGUACUUAUUUGCUGCUGUGUUACAGGUCUUUACCCUGCUGUGGAUCGCUGACUGGAUGGUCCAUCACUUCUGGAGGAAAGGGAAGGACCCGGACAGUUUCUCCAUCCCCUACCUGACAGCACUAGGUGACCUGCUUGGGACAGCAUUGUUAGCCAUGGGUUUCCACUUCCUUUGGCUUAUUGGAGACCGAGAUGGAGAUGUUGGAGACUAAGGAAUCCUACAGACUGUCUUCAAGCUGCUGAGGAAUGAAACACAAGAUAACCCACUGCUGGUUCCUUUCCAGAACUUCUACAUCAAUCGUGUGACCUUGCAGGGUAAUCUUCACUUGGCCCUGAUUCCAUUAAAUGGCCUUAACUUUUUUUUCUUGUUAAAGGAACUUGUGCUGAAACUAAAAUUAAUGGUAUUUGUGCUGCUUUUUGUAGAAUAAAUAAUUUGACAUAGACAUAGUUACAAUCUCAAGUUCUGAAAUUAACAGAAUAGGAAAGAAUACAGGAUGUUUACAAUGGAUACUUUUGAAACCACAGACCUAGCAGAAAUAUACUUUAUUAUUGUUUGAGUUGUAACAGGAGGUUAGAAGCAACUGAGCUUUAAAGUUUAGCUGUUUUUGUCUUUGCAUAGAUAGAUAGAUAGGUAUGUUGUACUGCAAAGGGGAUGUUAUUGAAUGAAAGGGACCAACCAUACUUCUUAUUGUGCUAAAUACACUAUCUGUGCCAUCUGGGGACAAAUGUAAAGGUCCUAAAAUGACUUACCUAUUCUCUGUGUGGCCUAGGGUAAACUCAUUUCUCCCUGUGUCUAACAUGGGCCAAUGCUAAUUCAACCUCAACCCUGAAAGUUCUUGGAAGGCCACCCAUAAAGAGAAUCUUUUUUUUUUUAAAAAAAAAUUAAAGAUAAUGUCCUGCUUUUUGCUGAGGCUGACUCAAAUUCACAGUCAUCUUGCCUCAUGAGUU